AUGGUCAACGUAAUCGACAACUCCGGCGCCGCCGUCGCCGAAUGCGUCAAAGUCCUCAAAAUGAAGCGCCACGCCCGCAUCGGCGACCGCAUAAUAGUAGUAGUCCAAAAACAACGCAACUUCGGCCCCGAAUCCGGAGGCGCCGUCUCCGUGUCCGCCGCCAACAAGGUCCGACGCGGCGACAUCCGGCACGCCGUCGUCGUGCGCACGGCGAAGAAGUAUCAGCGCAAAGACGGGAGUGUGGUGAAGUUCGACGAUAAUGCGUGCGUGCUUAUCAAUAAGGGGGGCGAGCCGAUUGGGAGUCGGAUGGGGAGUGUGGUGGGCAGGGAGUUGAGGGAUAAGCGGUGGAGUAAGAUAUUGAGUUUGGCGCCGAUGCAUUUGUAG